AUGAACGUCGUCUGGAGCAAGGAACGUGAAUCUAGGUGCAAGUGGAACGUCACGUGGGAACCUUCCGGAUUUGACUGCGGAAGACACCAAGGUCUACUCGCUCCAGACUCUCCGGACCACGUCCAAGCAAGCGGGAUAUGCGGCGAAAGGAAGACCGCGAUAACUUACGGGGCCUUCAAUCACGUCUCCAACCGUAAACACCCACUCUCGGUACCUGAAAACCAAAUCAAGUGCGAAGCUGCAGCCAUCGUCAUGCACGUAAAGUGUGCAGCUUCGCUUUGUCGGAGCAGCACGGGCAACGUAUCGUCCAAGACGAUCGCUGACACCAUUAUCGUCACGCAUUCGAUGGAUGGACUUAUGGUGGCUGGGGCAUUGGCCAACGAUCGAUGCCAUGACGUACGAAAGUUAUCCACGCACCACAUCUGUGCAUACAUUUCGGCCCAGAUCGCGUUCAGGAAACAUGUCGGCGCCGUAAUGUGCAGCGAUAACUAUGCGGGUCUGUUCUCGAGAUGGCAGCCCGUUUAUCAGCUAACAGGCUCAAUGAUUUCACACAAGUCCAAACAAACGACGGUAUCGUCGAGUUCAAGAGUUGUGCUGGCGGUGGGUCUGUCCGACUUCAGCAAGAGCUACGUCGAUCCAUUCUAUUUGAUGGGCCUCAACCACUCCUAA